AUGGAUGAGCUUGUCUCCCCUUCCUCCUGCUCGCUGCCCUCCUUCUCCGACAUGGCCUGCUUCCCGGUGCUCGAGUUCGAGGUCUGCGAGGUCCCCGAGCAAUGGCUGCUGGGAGACGACGCCGCGCUCCACGACAAGGAUGCCAGGGCCGCCUCGCACUCGGCGAGCUCCGACGUGUCCAGGAACCCGCCCGCCGCGAGGGCCGAGCGCACGGCGAGGCGGCGGGGACGGAGGCCUGGGGCGCGCAGCGGCGCCGGCGCCGCGCCGCCGAUCGGCCACGUGGAGGCCGAGCGGCAGCGCCGGGAGAAGCUCAACCGCCGGUUCUGCGACCUCCGCGCCGCCGUGCCGAACGUGUCGCGGAUGGACAAGGCGUCCCUCCUGGCCGACGCCGCCGCCUACAUCGCCGAGCUGCGCCGCCGCGUGGAGCGGCUCGAGGCCGAGGCCGCGGCGGCGAGGCCCUCCGCGGCCGCAUCCUGGGCGGGGCUGGCCGGCGGCGCCGCCCUCGGUCGGGACGACCUCGAGGUGCGGAUGGCCGGGCGUGGCGCGGCCAUGCUGCGGCUGACGACGGCGGCGACGCGCCACGCCCCCGCGCGCAUGAUGGGCGCUCUCCGGGCUCUCAACCUGCCGGUGCAGCACGCGUCGGUGACCCGCGUGGGCGGCGCCACCGUGCAGGACGUCAUGGUGGACGAGGUGCCCGCCGCGCUGCAGGACGAAGGCUGCCUCCGCGCCGCGCUGUCCCACAGGCUGCAGCACGAGACCGGCGUCUAG